AUGCCACUUCAACGUUGGUUUUUCGUGAAAGAUAUCUCUAAUAAUAACUGUUUUCAUCAAUGUAUUCUAUAUUACGUUACCAGAAUCUUUCCCGUUUCAAACCAAAUGAGUGAGCAAACAAUAGGCACUCACUUUCCAUUCGAUCUACAGACUCAGAAAGCACUGGCAGCUACUGAAAUUCCUGAAAAAACAAAUACGAUUUCUGCCGACAAUGUUGACCUUUACACUAAAGGAUGUCACGAGGUUGGAGGAAAAGGAUUGCAUUCCAGCGAACGUUUUUUUAAUCGAAUAAGGCCUUCUCCACAAACAUUAUCCACCAUAAUUAUCCCUAUAAUUAUACUUAUAUUGGGUAUUUUUAUGGGUUUAGCCGUAUUUUUCGUGAUACUAGGCCAAGAACGUAGACGGUAUAGGUUGGAUUUUGGAUUUUAUUGCGAAGAAAGAAUGAAUGCUAUUAUUUCCGGUUUCUGGAAGAAUCUGGCCACUGCAAAAGAUUUCUGCGCUUUCAUGUCUGUUACUCCAAAUGUUACUCGUGAGAUUGUCAACAAAUAUGGAAACCUUUCUUCUAUGACUAACAUGAACAUUCGAUCAGUUACUUUUGCUCCACUCGUUAAAGGCGUCGAUCGUUUGUCUUGGGAAAAAGAUAAUGCAAUAAUAAUGAAGCAAUAUGAUAGUCAUGGUCAAGUAGUGACCCGUGAAUAUAAUAUAUCAGCAGAAUAUUUUCCUCUUCAAUAUAUUUUACCGUGGAGAACUGAUUCAAUUAAUGCAAUUGGAUUUGAUGUUUACUCUCAACCUGAGAGACAAAGAUCGGUUGAUAUAGCAAGACAAACGAAAAACGUUUCUGUUACUAGUUCUGUUCAACUCGCUUUCAAUACUUCAGUUAAUGGAGUGCUUGUCUUCUUUCCAUUCUUUAAGAACUUAACAAAUCCAAAUUUCAUACCCCCGGACAGAGAUAUUGAUGGGCUGGUCAUUGGAGUCUAUGAUAUUAAUCAAUCAUUUGGAAAAAUAAUGAGUCAAUUUCAAGAUGUUGGCUUAGCAAUUAAAAUCACUGAUCUUGGUUAUGAUUCUAUGAUUUAUGAUUCUUCAAUGCCCGGUGUAAAGUAUCAGGGCAAUUUUAUUGUGGAAUAUGAACAUAAAUUAGCAGAUCGUAACUGGACAUAUCAAUGCAUGCCAAAAGAAAGUUCAUAUAAUUAUGCGGUUUCAAAAACUAUGCCUGCUGUAUCCUUGGUACUUUUUACAUUGUUCUUUGGAUUAUUAGGCUUCCUCACUUCUAGAUACUUCCGGAAAUAUUUGAGUGCAAGAGACAAAGUUAGCAUACAAACUCAAAAACUAGGUAUAACUCAAAAUUUAUUAAAAGCAAUUACAGCAGACAGCAAAGCUGUAUUAGAAGCUAUCGCUGAUCCGCUGAUUGCUCUCAAUUCCAAAGGUGAAAUAGUUGGUGCCAACGAACACGCGCUUCGUUUAACAGGUUACUCUCCUCAUGAUAUUAAGGUUCAAAAUAGAAUGCACGUAUAUCAAUUAUUGCUUCCCGUAGUUGAAACCCCAGCUGAAGAACGUGAAAUUUCAGAUUACGAUCCAACGCAAGUGCCGGUUCGUCCCGGCAUGCGGGAUGUUAUGGCUCGAAGAAAAGAUGGAACUUGUUUCGAGGCUGAGGCAAAUUUUUCACAGCAAGUUGUAGAAAAGAAUUACUUCACUCAAGUUGUAAUGUUUAGAGACGUGAGUUUUAAAAAAGAAAAUGAAAGAGCUGUCAUGGAUGCAAAAAAAGAAGCCGAAAUGGCAAAUCAAUCUAAAACAGAGUUUCUUUUCUUUUUAUGUCACGAGAUUCGUAACCCUAUACAUGCUAUCUUUGGUUUUGCUGAAAUGCUAAAAAAUUCAUUUAAAGAAAAGGAGCAAGAAGAAUUGGAUUAUAUUAUGUCUGCAGGGAAAUUUUUGAGUUUUAUUGUUAAUGACAUUCUUGAUCUUACUCAUUUGACAAAUCCCAAUCCAUAUGAGAUAGAAUUGAAAUGUGAACCAUUUGAACUUCAUGUUUUAAUAUCAAAUGUAGCAAAGAUUCAAUCAGUCGCAGCGACAAAUAAAAAAAUUAAUAUAAAGUCAAUCAUACAUGGUGAUAUUCCACGUAAUAUAUCUGGAGAUGCUCGACGUAUAGAACAAGUCAUUAACAAAUUGAUAGCUCGAUCAAUUGAAAUUGCACCUGAAGGUGGAAUUGUCGAAUUAGAAAUACAAGCUUUAUUAUUUCAUUAUGCGCGGGGUGUAUUAUUACGAUUUUCAGUAUUGGAUGAAAGUGAGGGUUUAUCAUCAGAUAAAGAAAUAUCUGAAUUAUUUAAACCUUACUCUAAAACAAAUUCAUCAAUAGGUUCUAGAUUUCAUGCACAAGGCCUUUCUAUGGCAUUAGCACAAGCUAUUGUUAAAGUUAUGGGAGGGAAACUUCAUGUUGAUAAAUCCUCAAAAAAACAACCUGGAAAUCGAGUGUGGUUUGAUAUUUGGUUACGUACAGAUGAUAAAAUUAUACGGGAUAAUUUCAAACGUGGAUCAUUUGACGCCGCAGUUAGCCCUACUAACUCAACUGAUGAAACAUAUAUGGAUUAUUCAGCAGAAUUUAAGGCGCAACUUCGCAGUUCAAGAAGCAUAUCACUUUCAAAAUCAAGACACUCCAUUCGUCCUUAUAAAAGUACACUUAGAAGAAAACGAAGACAACGUUUAUCUAGUGGUGGUGAAGAAUCUGAUGAUGGUAAUAAUAAUAGUAUAAUUAAAGGAAAUUUCUUUCAGCGUAAUGGGUCAGUUAGGAUUUCUGGUACUGGAUUUGGCGGAGCUGAUGAUACAGAAAAUUUAAGCGAAGACAACCCUUUUACACAAGAACCUAUGUACAAUUCCUCAUUACGAACACCUUCUAUAAAACUAAAAAGCGAAGCAUCUAUAAUAACGCCACCUAGGUCACCUAUAUCUUUAAAUACACAAAAUGCAACAUCUAGUCAACGUUCAGUCGCUAUAGAUGAGCAUUCUAAUCAACAUUUUUAUAUUAACAUUCAAAAAUCACCAGUUCAAGCAAUAAUAUCAUCAAAAAAUACACCACUCACACCACCAUCAUCAUCACAUGCAGCACAUCCGCCAUUAUUAGCAACAUCUGAUCAAACAGAAAAUAAUACAGUAGAUAGCAGUAAUGUAAAUGUUACACCAUCUAUAGUAUCUCUUUCUUUACCAACGUCACAAACUUAUCAAGUAGAACAAUCAUUACCACAAACAUUAAAAGUACUACUUGUUGAAGAUAAUCUUAUAUGUCAACGGGUAACUUCUAAAAUGCUUUCACGUAAUAAUUAUUUCGUAGAUAUUGCUAAUAAUGGCAAAGAAGCUAUAGAUAUGGUUGAGGAAGCAACAAACAUGGGAGGUUAUUCAUGUAUAUUGAUGGAUAUCAUUACACCAGUUAUGAAUGGAUAUGAAGCUACAAAAUUAUUGAGAGAACGAGGUGUAGACAUUCCAAUAUUGGCAUUGACAGCCAAUAGUUUUAACAGUGAUUUUAAAAAGGCUAUUGAUGUUGGAAUGGAUGCGUUCCUAACAAAACCCAUUAAGGAAGAAGAAUUAAUUGUUGCAAUAAAGAAAGAGAUUGAAAAACACAAAAGUCGACAUCAUGAUUCAGAAGAGACUAAUAACAAUAUAGAAUCAUGA